UCGAACUUCUUUCUGCACCUGAACGCUGACAGGAGCUGCUGACCUUUGACAAGUGAAACUCUUCACCUGUGGAAAAAGUGCUAACUUGUUGAAAGGUGACAGACAUUAAAGAAAAGAUCUCUGCUGAACAUCUGGAAGUGAGAAAGCAGCUGUUGCAGUGAGGAAAAAAAUGGUCUCCAGUGGUUUCUGCCGUGAGGAACAACUGCUGACUUUAGGCAUCGUCCGUUUGCUGGAUGACCGCUAUGCUGCUCUGCCUCGGCCAGGACGCGUUCUUCAGAUGAUCGUGACCAACCUGAGGAACCGUCCUCUGAGCAGCACAAGUGUCGCCUCCAUGAGGGAGUCCAUCCUGAGCAUGUACCACCACCUCAUCACAGGCUCCAAGGACUUCCCUUUGAUUCCAUUCAAGGGGUCCUUACGGACACGUCAGACGGCCACACCCUUCGUCCCCGUGGACCAGGAGGAGAGGGAGAACACCACACCCUCUUUAACGGACGAACCAGCUGGUAUUUUGGUUCCCACUGCAGGCUUGAGCUCUUCAGCUCCUAAUAUACUGACUGCAGCUCAUCCUGAGAGGACGGAGCUGGGGGCCCUGAGGGCCGACCCCAGGAACUGUGUCCGACGGAUGGAGUUUGAUGGCGAGACUGUGACCAGAGUCAUCUCCACUGGGUCCCGCUUUGAAGGCACCGAGGUGACCAACCGCUGGAGAGUGAGUGACUACAGCGGAGACGGUCGCAUUCUCAUGUCCGUCCUCUGCCAGUUCACCAGAGAGUCCACGUAUUGUGCACGGACUCUGAGGAAGAAGAGGAAGGGCACUGAGGAAGAGAGCAGCACUCGACCAAAGAAACGCCUGAGAGUGUGACUGACUUUUUAUCGUCUUGCUGGCAGGGUGGCAUGAAAGACCUUUAGUUUUUACUCCUCAGGGCUGGCCUUUGCUUUUGGCAGGGCUUGUCAGGCCCCUGGUAGCGUCUUGCACCGGGGCCCCUGCACCAUAUGAAACAUGUGGUUGUCUGAGGGGUAAAUAUUGUAUAUAUGUAUAUAGUUUGUUCAUCAUGGAUGUAGCACACAGGCUCAGUGUUUUCAGUGCGUCUUGCACUGGUGCGUCUUGCACCUUUCUUUAUUUCUUAGAGCUGGCCUGUGUGUCUGACGUGGUGAAACUACGGGGAACUCGGGGAGUUCACAGGUUGCCACUUGCCACGCUUGCAAGACACAAGUCUGCCCUGCAGCCGGGGACAGCAAAAGGACUUUAGAUGAAUUUCUUCCGAGUCUUCCGUUAUGGAUGAAUGUGUUUUCUUGAGCGAGAAACACGUCCAGCUUUAUUGUUGCCGACUCAUCAACAGUUCAGAUCAAGCUGCAGAUUGCAGUGAGUGAGGAAAGAGACAUUACAGCUGCAGGGACAGAGUCAAACCUACAACACUACUGAUCCACCAAUGACAGGCAGGACGAGCAGCAAGAACAGACUGACAGAAGAGGGAGAGGACAGAAACAGCUUGAUCGAAAGAAGGAAGAUAUUAAUUCCACCUGCACUUCUCUCCAAACCAACUGCAGCAACCAGCUGUGGACAAAGUAAUAAACACAGAGCUGUUUGUGAAGGAUGGAAACAAAAAGAAGAAGACGAAAGGAGUGGAGACUCGCUGUGAACUCGCUCAUUUAAAAAGAGAGGAGAGGAAACAAGGACGACACUAGUCCAGACCAAGAUCCGACAAGAGAAGAGAGGAGACAGCAUGAACUGUGAACUCGCUCAUUUUAAAAGAGAGAGGAGAGGAAACGAGGACGAAGUCCAGACCAAGUCUAGACCAAGAGCCGACAAGAGAAGAGAGGAGACAGCCUGAACUGUGAACUCCAUCCAUCCAUCGUCAACCGCUUAUCCUGUGUACAGGGUCGUGGGGGCUGGAGCCAAUCCCAGCUGACAUCGGUGGCCAGUCCAUCGCAGGAACUCGCUCAUUUAAAAAGAGAGAGGAGAGGAAACGAGGACGAAGCAAGUCCAGACUGAGUCCAGACCAAGUCUAGACCAAGAUCAGACAAUGAGAAGAAAGGAGACAGCCUGAACUGUGAACUCGCUCACUGAAAAGAGAGGAGAGGAGACGAGGACAACACUAGUCCAGACUGAGUCCAGACCAAGAUCCG